GUCCAAAAUAUAUGACUGAAUGCGUGCUGCACGCUGUUGUACGUAUGUAUAUGUAAAGGACAGCAUUAACUCUAUUACGUAAACUAUUUCCUUCGACAUUCUGCCAAGAUGCGAAGAAAAUGGUUUCAUCAUCCGAAGAAAUAGAAGAAGAAAACGACUCCCAUCUUUGUUUGGUGUCCAUUUCCGAGGUUUGUGUCAGUCAGUAUUGCGUUGUGCUAUCCUUCCUUCUCUUCUCCCCUUUCGACGUAAUUUGUGGGUCACUAGGUUUAUUUAUUUCACUAUAUGGUUAGUUUACGUUCGAAUGUAGAAACUGAAACGCUGACGCUCUCAAGUGGUUGAUAUUUGGCAUAGUGCGAAUUAUUUUAAUCCAGUAUUUUAAUCCAGUAUACCUGGUGUAUAGAUUUGCAAGGUUGUUAAAAGUAAAUGGUACACAGAAUGUGUCGUUAUUCGUCGCAAAGGCUUAUCGUCGCUGUGGGAAGGAAGAAGAUAGCAUGUCAAUCAAGACGCGGUUGUGGAGGGUUGAGUUGAUGAGCAAUUGGACGUGAGACAAAAUCUGGCGAUGACAAAUUGCCAUUCACACAACAGGAGAAGAAGGGAAAGUGAGACUCGUGAGUCGACUUCAGCCCUUUUGACGGCUAGCUUUUGCGCCCUCGUCACAACCACCUCGUGUCCCGUUAACUUUCCAUCCGACGUGUCUCUGCCUGGAAUAUUCAUCCGGAAGACGGGGCAAAUCCAGCAACAACGCAACUCUCUGCAUGAGUGUCAACCUUUGUGCGAGACAGAUAUUUGAAUUGGACGUGUCUUCCCAGAAUGCAAAAUGAUGCUACUGCUCGCUCCUAUUAUCAUCAUGGAUGGACGCCGUUGCAUGUUUAUCUGACCAUCGUACAGUUUAUUAUUAUUGGAACUUAUUAGUCGUACAUGCUAGGAAACUUUUUAAGCGUUUAAUGACUUACUCAAUCAACUGUACCUUUUUCUUCUCCUUCUUCGGACCCUUCGGACGUGAAGGUUGAUGAUGAUUAGUGGUGAGAGGGACCUAUUUUGGCGAGAACUGUUUUACGAGUGGGACUGGGCGACGGAGAGGAUUUUAUCGUCAUGGGGCCGUGUCGCCCGGUCAGAGUUUGACUUGGUUCGUGUCCUAGUGGUUGGAAGUUUAAUGGUUUUCUUCGCGUUUGUGCUACUGCUCCUCCUUGCCUUUGGUAAUACGAGCAGUCCUCCUACCAGCAGUGGUGGUGAAGCAGAGAGCAGUGGUGGAGAUUAUGAUUUUUGUAUUGGAACUUUCUGCUUCGCUCAAGAAGCAGAGUUUUUAACGGUCCGGUUGUUGGUCUGGUCCUCAUUCGCCCUCAGUGUUUCUUGCACGCUGGUCUGCAGCGCUGCUUGUCUCUCGUUCUACCUUUAUCUUCAGUCUGCUGCCCCCACCAACGCUGACCAUCCCCACCUGUUGAGAAGUCGUCUUCCGCAGGGGUACUUCUGGAAAAAGUUUGGUCCCCCGGUCACAGAUCGCCCACUCUUUUCCCUCUUUUGGACAGGCGUCCUAGUUGACCUCUGGUCCGAUAAUAACACUUUCCUCCACGCCCUAUUUCUCUGGAUCGUUCUCAAAGCCCUCAACUAUCUUCACCAUCGAACUCAUUUCAAUACAGCUUUGACAUUUGAAAACCCCAACGUCAACGUCGACCACGGCGGCGUAAAGUUUAGACCUCCUCCUCAACUACUUCGGACUUUGGAUCAGUCAAUUGCGACAACGCCAGAAGAAGAAGCCCUGCUUGUCGCUUCGUGUCGAGUGACCCUUUCACUCUUCUGCUACUUUAUCACAGUUCGACGAUUGGGUUCUCUAGUUUGGUCAAGUUUCCCAGUGUUGACCCACCUGUUGGGAAUCUUGGGACUUUUCUUCGGACAAUUUCUACUGUGUGGAAUACAACAAGAGAACAAGAAGGACAACACUACUUCAGAACUUAUUGUUCGGUCCUUACCGUCACAAUCACAACCACAACGUCAAGGGAGACGGAGUGGAAACACAAACUUUUCCUCAGUUUCUAUCCCCAGAUUUCUGAGAAGACCACUUCUUGUGGGUGGGAUCUCAGCGUCACAACCGGGGUCAUUUGACUCAAGUCCAGAUGAGACGAGGGAUAAUGUGAUACUCGCGUCGUCCUCAUCUUCAAAGAACGUUCCUGCUGGAAUCGUGUGCAGUGAACGUGACCAAAGUAGUAGUACGAUUGUUGUACGAGAUUGUGAGGAGGAGGAGGACGAGAAGGCGUGCUAUGGUGGGAGGAGGGACGAUACUGCUGCCGCUUGUUCAGAGUACAAUGACGAUGAUGAUGAUCAUUCUUCUUACUAUUAUUAUUCCAAUUCCAUUCCAUUGACCAGAGAAAAGUUUGAUGGUGGUGACGCUCACGGUGGAGAAAGUUUUCACCAGCAGCAGUUUUAUAACGGAUUUUCAACAAAAAAGGGUGCUUUUCAUCGACAUUCACUUCACGGCAACAACAUGAGACGAACAUCUCUCCCAGCAGCACUGCCAGCUCAGCGUUACUCCUCCAUUCACCAGGGGAGCGGAGUGGUGGAUACUGCGCUGCUGUACGAGGCACAUGGCCUCGUGACGGAAAUGUUGUUGGACCAAGCCUCCCUCCCCCCGAACAUCGUGGCUGGGCUCAAGGCGUUGGCGACGCUGCUCAAACCAACGCCCACCCCCAUGCAUUGCUCCUCCCGACCACGCCCGGCCCCCCUCUCAAUCACCACAGACCCGGAGUACACGUCCGACGUGGACGAAAUCCCCUACACGGGCGAGAAACUCUCUACAAUGCCAAAGCGGAACUCUGGCGCUGGGAAGAAAGGUGUUUCAGCCAAUCUACUCCGCCGAAUGUCCACCAGCACGUGGACCACUACCACAUCAGCCACAGGAAUGCCAACUUUAGAACCUCAACCGCAUGCACGAAGAAGACGAUCUGCUUCCUUUCGAUCCGCAAUGGAAGGGACUCCGCCCGGAAGCAGUCCGACGCAACAGUACGGAUUGAUCCCCAUCACCCUGCUGGAGAACAACAAGGAGAACAAUUCUCUCCUCCCGACGACGACCACGCCCGCAUUCGCCACCUUCAAGAUGGGGACGCCGCUGACGGGUUCCAUUGCCGGGCUGAUGUCACAACAACAACCCGCCACCUCCACGCCACACAUUCCAAACGCAGCGUUACAGGCUUCUCAUAAAGCUCGUAGUUUCUCCGCAUGCGGAUUCGCUGUAAAUGCUUCCACAGAUAGUCGUCGUCGAUUCAGCCACCAAGAGUUUCCCACCCCGCAACAAUCCGCCCAGAGGAAAACAGUCUGUAGCCUACAUCCUUUAUCUCCCUCAGACCUCACUCAUCUUAACGCUCUGGCAGCGUCGACGGGUAUUUCUUCGUCUACUACAAAGUCAGCCUCCGUAUCCGCAGCUGGGUCCAACCGUAGCAGUCCUGCAGGAACGCCGAUCCCGUCUCCCAUCCCCUCCCCAGUCCCCUCCAGGGACCAUUCCCCCUGCAACUUCUCAGCCCGGCGAGCCUCUGACCAUCCAAAACCGGAACCAUUGUCCAUCGUAAAUCUACCACCGACAUCCACGACGUCAGCGUCUGAGAGUCGAUUUAGAGACUAUUCCCCACCCAAGGUGAUAUUUCAGCCGGAACAGCCCACGCCGACGGGGCCGGGGACAACGAAUGAUGGAGACUCUUUGGGGCUUCUCAGUGGGAGGAACUUGUCCACGUCUCCAUACUUGGACAAUCCUGACGAGGAUUGCAGCAAUGCGAGCACCCUGGGAGAUGGUCCAGGCCCCCCUGACAGCUCUUCUGGCAAUUCCAACUCUGUGAGACUCAGUCCCGUCACUUUCACGCUCCAAGAACCGACGGAUAAUAAUGACCAGGAGGAUGAACUUCAAGACUUCCGCGACGCAGUUAUUGUGACAUCGGACGGGUUCCAAUUUCAUCUCCCCACAAUUGCUGCUAACACAUAUCUGUGUCGCUUGGGCGAGUGGGACUACCCAAUAUUCGAUCUGGAACGCAACUCCAAGACCCAAAUACUCAGUCAUAUGACGUAUAAAGUGUUCCUCGAGACUGGGCUAUUCGAUACCUUCAAAAUACCGAUUAAGGAGUUCAUCAACUACUUUCACGCUUUGGAAAUGGGAUAUCGAAAUAAACCUUAUCACAAUCGGAUGCAUGCGGCGGAUGUGUUGCAAGGCGUGUUUUAUUUCACGACCCAAGCAAUCCCAGGGUUCCAGAUGGUUCCGCCCGACCCUGACACUCCAAAUUCUGGUAAACUAACGAAACAUCCCGACUGGUCUGGACAACGAGCUUGCUUCAAUGUGGAUGAAGCCUCGUAUGGGAUCAUGGGUGCAAAUUUGCCAGGUCUUGAGCUUAUGGCAUUGUACACUGCGGCUGCAAUGCAUGAUUAUGAUCAUCCUGGUCGGACCAACGCUUUCUUGGUUACAACAAAUUCCCCGCAGGCGAUUUUAUACAAUGAUCGUUCGGUGCUUGAAAAUCAUCAUGCUGCUGCGGCAUGGGCAUUGCUUAUGAACAAUGAGAAUUACAACUUUUUAAAGUUCUUGGAUAAGGCUGAAUUUAAACGAUUCCGUUUCCUCGUCAUCGAAGCAAUUUUGGCCACGGAUCUUAAACGCCAUUUUGAAAUUAUGUCCGAAUUCAAUUCAAAAGUCAAUGAAGAAGAGUCCCCUGGAAUAGAUUGGACAUCAGAGGAGGACAGGCUCCUCGUGAUGGAGAUUUGUAUUAAGCUCGCCGAUAUCAACGGACCUUGCAAGUAUCAUGAUAUCCACGUUCAGUGGACCUACAGGAUUGCGGAAGAGUUUUAUGAGCAAGGUGACGAGGAGGUGCGUCUCGGUCUCCCUAUUUCUCCCUUUAUGGACCGUUACCAUCCUCAACUGGCUAAACUGCAAGAAUCAUUUAUUAACCAUUUGGUCGCCCCAUUGUGCAAGGCAUGUGCGGAAGCAGGGCUACUUCCUGGCUACUGGGAGGACGAGGUUGAGGAUGACCAGAACGAGGGUGAGGGCGAGACCACGGCGGAUGAGAUUUCCACCAUGAGUUUUCAGGAGGCAGAUUAUGAAAAUGAAGAGUCAUCCUACUCUGACGACAAUAAAAGUGAUAGUAGUAAAUCAAAGAGAAAAAUAUUUUGUCUGCACACGAAGCACCUGCAGGACAACCAUCGAUACUGGAUGAAUGUGAUAAAGGAGGAAGCAAAGAAAAAGGAAGAGGGGGUUAAGACGGAGUCAGUGGCGAUUUCCACAGAGGAUCCGAUGGAAACCAUUGAAGAGGAAAACAAUACUCCACACUCUCUUAACCGCAGCUUCAGUUUUGAGAAAGAGGAUUCUAAACUGUGAUGAAACAAUGAAGCAAGGACACUUCUUCAAUUAAAUAUAGACGCGUGCCAAAUAAAAUCUGUUCGUAACCUGAAAUCUGACUUAUUACCACCUA